AGCGACGACCAGGAACCCUCCGUGCUCGACCGACAUGUAGCUAUUUUCCGGCGGCGAAAGAGCAGCGAGGCUCGAACGGCGCCGAUUUUGUUGACCUGCCUUUUGCAGAAAGGUCGCAGAAUUGCCUCUUGCAACCCUACCUCGGAUCCUCUGAUGAUCUUAGCCUUAUCUUCCGUCCAUGUUGUAGCACCCGGCUCUCGCCUGCUAGGUCAGUGCUCGAGUGAAGGGUCCCCCGGGGGGUUGCAGUGAAGUGAUAUAUGAGAACGAGCUAUCCCCUUGUUGCGCUCGUCUUUGAUCAGCCGUUUCCCAUCGACACACACAUCCAUCAUGGCCGACCAAAUAACACCGGAGCGCUCCAUCGACGAGAAGCACCCCUACACUUCGGGUUCUGAGCCUGCUCACGCCCCUGGUCUCACAACCGAGGACUACGAGGGCAAGCCCACAGAGGAAGAGCGCAAGACUCUCCGCCGCGUCCCCGGUUCUCUUCCCACCAUCGCCUACCUCAUUUGCGUUGUCGAGUUCUGUGAGCGUGCCUCCUACUAUGGUUGCCAGCCUUUGUUCAGCAACUUCGUCAACCGUCCCCUUCCCGUCGGCGGUAACGGAUACGGUGCCCCUCCUUCUGGUACCCAGCAGACCGCCGGUGCUCUCGGCAUGGGAACUGUGAAGGCCAACGCCGUUUCACAGUCAUUCUCACUUCUGUGUUACGCUCUUCCCCUGGUCUUCGGUUACCUCGCCGACGCCAAGACUGGCCGCUUCAAGCUCAUUUGCUGGGGUGUCCUUCUCUUCGGUAUUGCUCACGUUCUUCUGGUUGGAGCUUCUGCCCCCGGCCUUCUUUCCAGCGGUGCUGCCAAGGGUCCCUUCUUCGUCUCCGUCUACCUUCUUGCUGUCGGAUCUGGUAUCUUCAAGCCCAAUGUUUCUCCUCUUCUUCUCGACCAGAUGCCCGAGACUGUUCCCGUCGUUGUGACUACCAAGAAGGGCGAGAAAGUCAUCAUUGACCCCGAGGCCUCCACUGAGCGCGUCAUGCUCUGGUUCUACCUCCUGAUCAACAUCGGUGGUUUUAUGGGUGUUGCCACUGCCUACUGCGAGAAGUACAUUGGCUGGUGGUUGGCAUUCCUCAUUCCCCUCAUUCUCUACAUCCCUCUUCCCGCUCUCCUCUGGUACCUCCGCAAGCGCCUCGUCCUUCACCCUCCCGGUGGUUCGGAUCUUCCCAACGUCUUCAAGGUCCUCAGCAUCUGCUUCCGCGCUGGCGGUAUCAAGAGAAUUGGUCGUCACGGUUUCUGGGAGCCUGCAAAGCCUUCAGUCAUCGCCGCCAAGGGUACUGGUUACGCAACUUGCUGGGAUGACCAGUUCGUUGAGGAUGUCCGCCGCACAUUCCAGGCCACUGGUAUCUUCUGCUUCUUCCCCAUCCAGUACCUCAACGACAACGGUAUCGGUUCCGCUGCCUCUUACCUCACCACUAUGCUCACCACCAACGGUGUUCCCAACGACGUUAUUUCCAACUUCAAUUCUCUCUCCAUCAUCUUGAUGGCUCCCGUUCUCAACUACGGUCUUUACCCUCUUCUCCGCAAGUUCCACAUCUCAUACGGUCCCGUCGCUCGUAUGACCACUGGUCUCGCUCUCUCCACUCUCGGUGGUGUUGGUUACACUGUCCUCAACGCUUACGCCUACAAGCUUGGUCCCUGCGGCAAGUUCGGUUCCAGCGAGACUUGUGUUGACGCCGACGGUGUCUCCCUCGUCGCUCCCAUCACCAUUUGGUGGGUUGCCAUUCCCUACGCCAUUGGUGGUAUCUCCGAGUUGUUCAUCAACGUCCCCGCCUACGGUAUUGCCUACUCUCGCGCUCCUCCCAACAUGAGAGGUCUCGUCUCCGCCAUCAACCUCUUCUCCACCGCCAUCGCCUACCUUAUUGGUCUUGCCUGUUCCGCAGUCAUCAAGGACCCCUACCUUACCUGGGACUUCGGUGGUUGCGCCAUUGCCGGCGGUAUCCUCACCGUCAUCUUCUGGUUCACAUUCAAGCACAUCGACAAGGAGGAGUACACUCUUUCUCAACGCGAUGACCACCACGUCACCCAGCAGGGCCACGACCCCGAGAUGGAUGGCCACAACUCGCACAACCCCGUCAUUGGCACCGACCCUGACAAGGUUUACGAGUAUGAGAAGAAGGGCGAAAAGGUCCCUACCUUGCAUUAAAAGAAAAAGUUGAUGUGUCGUUGUUGCUUGCUUCCCAUAGUUCAGAUUCCCCCACCCAAUUCCUCUCACGCAUAAUAUGAUGCGAUGAAUGCUUAAUGAAAAAGCGAAUGAGCUUUGAUCUCUAUACUUC